AUGUGUGCGAUUCGUUCAGGUGUUACCAUAAGUAUUGGUGUACUUUUCCUUGUGGGAAUCAGCUUUUCUUUGUUCAAAGUGAUCAAGAAAACAAAAGCCAGAAGAAUGAGAAAGAGAUUUUUUAAACGGAAUGGUGGCUUACUUCUAAAACAACAAGAAGAAGCCGACCCAUCUUUUGUUGAUAAAACUAUACUUUUCACGUCACGUGAGUUGGAGAAAGCCACCGACUCCUUCAAUGAAAACAGAAUUCUAGGUCGUGGAGGCCAAGGUACUGUAUAUAAAGGGAUGUUAGUGGACGGAAGGAUUGUCGCUGUGAAGAAAUCAAAACUAGUUGAUGAAAGUCAAUUAGAGCAAUUCAUUAAUGAGGUGGUCAUUCUUUCCCAAGUAAAUCAUAGAAAUGUGGUGAAGCUAUUAGGAUGUUGCUUAGAGACAGAGGUUCCUUUGUUAGUCUCCGAAUUCAUUUCAAAUGGGACUUUGUACGACAGUAUACACAAUGAGACAAAUGAGUUCCCAAUUUCUUUCAACAUGAGAUUACAAAUUGCUACGGAGGUUGCUCGAGCACUUGCCUACUUACAUUCUGCAACUUCCAUACCAAUAUACCAUCGGGAUAUCAAAACCACUAAUAUACUUUUGGAUGAAAAAUACAGGGCCAAAGUUUCGGACUUUGGAACUUCAAGGUUCGUAUCAAUGGACCAAACUCAUUUGACCACGUUAGUCAAAGGUACUUUUGGCUACCUAGAUCCUGAGUACUUCCAGUCGAGUCAAUUCACUGAAAAGAGUGACGUUUAUAGUUUUGGAGUUGUUUUAGUUGAACUCUUAACGGGUGAAAGGCCAAUUUCCCUAACUAGAUUUGGUGAAAAUAGAAGUUUGGCAGUGCAUUUCAUGUUGGCUAUGGAAGAAGGGCGUGUUAUGUCUAUUUUUGAUGCAAUGGUGAUUAAAGAAAGUAGCUCUGAUGAGCUUUUGGUAUUAGCAAAUCUUGCAAUGCGGUGCUUGAAUAUGAAUGGUAAAAAUAGGCCUACAAUGAAAGAAGUAGCAAUAGAGUUAGAAACGAUAAGAACAUCACACAUUCCCUCUAUGGUUGAAACUAAUACCAGACAGGUUGUGUACGAGGACUUUUCUAUGCUAACUUAUAGUGACUCAACAUCAACAUUUUGA